UAAUCUGCAGCUGAGUUGUAAAGACUCCUCGCAUGAGAGACAGCUUUCAACCAGAAAGAAACAUUUUUAAUUAGCAAAUAGUCUGUCUUGAUUUCAUUUUUGUUUCUUUUUUUUAAAGUUGUAUGUUUGUAAGGUGAUUUUAAGCUGCUGCAUGAUUUACCCGUUUUCUCUUAAACUGAAAAACGAAGCUUGUGGAAGUAGGUCCAGGGUCAAAUGCAGGCAGGAGUGCAGAGCUCGAGAGUGUCCGGGCUGAAAUCCUACAAACUGGUUUAACAAUGGAAAGAGCAAGAAGAUAAGAACAUGGAAUAUAACUAAAGGUAAAAGAGGCUAAAAAAACAAGAAAAGAAAACAAGACUGAGCAAAAGAGGAGGAGAAAGGAGACUGUUUUUAUCUCCAAAACAGAGUUCAUGGAAGUUCAAUUCAGAGAGACAGAAGAGAAUUAAGGAAUAACGGAUCAACAUCACCAUGACGUACCGACUGUUCGAGGGGAAGGAGCAUGCUUCCAUCUACCAACAGUAUCGCUUUACUCCUCCAGAAGAGAUCAAGAACAUUAUUCUUCAGUACCUAGAUAGAAAGAAGGGACAGCCACAUGUGCUGGCCGUGGAUCUUGGAUGUGGGACAGGUCAGAAUUCCCGGCUGCUGGCACCCCAUUUCCAGGAAGUGGUGGGCAUUGACAUCAGUGAGUGUCAGCUGGAGGAGGCCAGAGGUGUACCAGGACACUCAAACAUUACAUACAGGGAGGGGACGGCAGAGGACCUUCCUUUUCCCGAUGGCUCUGUUGACCUUCUGACAGCAGCGUCAGCAGCUCAUUGGUUUGAUCGGUCAAGGUUUCUGGCUGAAGCGAGUCGAGUUUUAAAACCCAAGGGUUGCAUGGCUCUGCUGGGCUUCAGUGACACCAUCACCAGACUUCACUUCCAGGACUGUGGAGACAGACUCAGCCACAUCUACGAGGAGGUGAAGCAGGCUCUGAUGCCAUACACUACUAAUCCAGUGGCUGCAUGUGAGGGAAAGCUGGAAGAGCUCUACUCAGACAUCUGUUUUCCUGACAAAGAGAGGAUUGAGUGUAUUCGAGUGAAAAUGUCCCUCUCAGUGAGGAACCUGCUGGGUUUCAUUGAGUCCUUCUCCAUGUUCCAAGCUUACGAGAAGAAAGAUCCACAGAGGGCUCGAGACCUCCUGCUCAACACUCAGAAGAGGUUUCUGGAGGAGAUGGGAGUCACGUCUCCUGACACUGAAAUAGCUGGGUAUUUCUGUGUCUUGGCAUCAAAACCCCAAUAAUAAAAUAAAGUGACAAUGGAGGUGUGUAUUGAUAGUGACACUGAUAUGUUUGAUCUCAGAGACAUUGUAAUUUACAGUUUGAUGUCUUGUGUAAUGCAAGGAGAGUCAGUCAACUUUUAAUUAGUUGCAAUUAAAAUUCUUCAUACACUUAUUUUUGUCACAAGAAAUCAUUUUUGGACCACUCCAACUCCAGAUGUUGUAUUAUGUUGUUUUCUGUCAAUAGAACCUCUACUCAUAACAUUUUAUUAUGGCCCGACCGAAAUGAAAUUUUCGGGGCCGAUAUGGAUAUAAGGAAGGGAAAAAAUGAUACCGUCGUUAAAAUGAUACCGAUGUAUUGGCCAAUUAUCUUUCUUUGAUCUAUGUUCGAUCUGUAGAAAUAGAUUGAUAGAAACAUUUAUUGUGUUAAUCUCUUAAAUGCAGUUAUCAAAGAAGGAAGACAAGAUGGUCACUCAAAUGGAAAUUAACUGCAUAUACGUGCAUCACCGCUUGACAUUCAGAGGGUGAUAAUGCUUGUUCUAAUCAAUAUAGCACACUCUACAGAAAGAGAACUGCUAAAGUAAAAAAAAUGCUAUUUGAGUGUUGAUUAAAUCUAGUAAUAUUGGUGCAUAUCUGCAAUAAAACUACUGAAUGUACAUUGCUGAUAUACAGAUAGUCACAGAUAUGUUAAUAUCGGUUGGGCUCUUCUUUUUAUUGGACUCAUUCUACUCUAUUUUCUUUGUCCUAAAGAAUGUUUUAUUUUUCACUGAUUCUACCUCUCAAAUCUCCAGCUGAUACCCUGCAGACUUUAAUGCACACUGUGAGGUUACAUAACUGGAAAAAUAAAUUUGACCAGGCCUGAGACUGUGUUUUCACAGAAGGGGAGCUCAGAUGCUUUGAUUUAUAGUGUCAAGUGUUGUCAAGAGAAAGAUCUGCGUGGCACAGCUGGAGGCCCAUUUCCUUGUUUUAACUGCUUCAGUGCCCCUCCUUUUAUUCUCUGCUCGUUCUCAGAAGGUCAAACCAAGCGUUGACCUGCUGACAGUUCAUAUUAAACCUGUUAGAUGCAUUUUAAACAGAGCUGAAGUAACUUGUGAUCAGAGUACAGCUUUUCAUCAAGAAGUUAAAGGGGCACAAAUAUGUUGUUUUUUACUUAAUUAUUUCACAAACUACAUUUUUAAUCUUUAUAAUAAAGUAAUGAGAA